UCUUUUCCUUUUCAUGCCAUAGUACUCCUCUCCUCAUUUAUGAUCCCUAUGCCUAUCUCUCUUUAGUUAUCCAAUUCUUUGCAAUAAUUAGAUCUACACACCCCUCUCUCUCUAGAUCUCUCUCUAGAUCUCUCUCUAGAUCUCUCUCUCUUGUUGUUCUUCUUCUUCUAAUUGAGAUCUCUCUCUCUCUCUCUUGUUCUUCUUCUCCUAAUUGCAACUAAUAAGUGCUUGAAAUAUAUAUUCAUAAUCAGAAUUUAUCCCUUAAUAAAAGAAAAUACACUUACUUUCUUUAGUUGAAGUAAACGUAUAUUGAUCAUGGAGGAUUAUGUUGUGAAUUGGGUGAUCUCUGGGGUGGUUUUCUGGGCAACAACGUUUAUCUUCGUGCGAAAUUUGUUUCCGAAGCGUUCGUUUGAUUUCUGCAACAGAAUUGUUUCUACAAUCCAUGCGACAACUGCUGUUUGUCUGGCUUCUCUCUCUGUGCAGAGCUGGAGCUGCCCUGUCUGUCCUCUGGCAUCAAAGUCUUCUCCUGCCCAGAUGAAGGCAUUGGCAGUUUCGCUCUCUUAUCUGAUCUAUGACUUGAUAUGCUGCAUGUUUGGACAUCAUUUCAACUUUGACAACUUUGUUCAUCACACCGUCAGCAUAGUUGGCAUUGGAGCCGGCCUUGCCUAUGAAAUGUGUGGGUCAGAAAUUGCAGCAAUGUGGAUAACAGAGAUCUCCAGUCCUUUCUGCAAUGAGAGAACUCCUAAAAGAGCUUGGGAUCAGAAGACACAUGACCUUAAUCUAGCAGUUGAUAUUUUAUUUGCAGUAAUAUUCUCAUUGGCUAGGAUGGUGGUGGGCCCAUAUCUCACUUACGUUACUCUCUCAGCAAACUACCCCCUUCUUAUAAAGGCAAUGGCUUUGGGUUUGCAGCUGGUGAGUGCCUUCUGGUUCUACAAGAUUCUACGAAUGGUGAGACAUAAGCUCGGGAAAAAAAUGAAAGCCCAUAAAAGUGUCAGUCACUGAGCUCCAGGAGCUCACCUCUUAAUAUGCGUGUGAAUGUGUACAAAUGAAGCAUCACUUGAUUAAUGUAGCAAUUAUGCGCUUAAAGAUUAAUCUUCCUUCAGAAAAAUGUUAAGAUUUAUCUUAAAACAUGUCCUACCAAUUUAAAUGUUUUGUUAAUAAAUAAUUAGAGUGGCACUAAGCUCCUCUAUUCUAUGAGCUGGUUGUGGGUUUUAAUUACUGUGUUAUAUUCACAUUAUUUAAACUCUAUGUCUAAACCCCCUUUUUUUCA